AUGUCAUCAGCCGUAGCCAAAUCAUCCAACGAAGUCGCGGAGCCCGCUCAGCAGCAGCAGGCUGUGACGGAGACUAAAGAAGCCAGCGCGAGUGCCAAUGCUAGUGCCGGCAUCAAUCUCAACAUCUUCGGGGCAAUCGCUGGAGCUUUCUCUGGCAAGAGCCAAAAAGAAACAGCAGCGGAUGGAAGUUCAACGGAGCACCGCGAGGGUCGGGCGAAAGUCAAAGGCGCCGGUGAGGGCAACAUGAAUGCACUAGCAGCCGGCGGCGCGGAACAAAAUGCUCGACAUUCCAAGACUGCUAUACAGCAACAAUAG